AUGGAUGCUUUUACUCUGCGAGGGGCUGGUUGUCUUUCAGGACUUCUCUUGUUGGUGCAGAUGGAGAAUGGUGCGCUAAUAUUCCUUUUCCUCUGGUUGGGUUGCCUCCUUUCCGCUUCCGUAUGCCAGGAAUGCGGCGGAGUGCUCACAGAUCCCUCCGGCGACAUCACGUCUCCCAACUACCCAGAUUCCUAUCCUCCCAACUCCAAUUGCCAUUGGGAAAUCUACGCCCCGAGUAUGAAAAAUAUCAUCGUCGUCUUCAACGAAUUCAAUCUGGAGGAUACCGUCGACUGUUUCUCUGGCGAUUUCCUCUCCAUCACCGACCCCAACGGAGAUUCCAGCUUAUUCUGCGGGCAGGAUCACCCCUGGACGGUCGAGUCCGUCGGGAACAGCCUCGUCGUCUCCUUCGUCUCAGAUUCCGACGACGAACUGGGACUCAAGUUCAGCCUGAGCUACGUGACUCCGUCCGUAUGCGAAGCGGGGUGGCACGAAUUCGGAGGGCGUUGUUACUUUUUCUCGGGUGAGGAAGUGACCUUCGACGAUGCCCGGAUGGAUUGUGAAGCCAGAAACGCACAAAUGACAAGCAUUCACUCCAAGCAGGAACAGCUGUUCGUGCAGGAGAGAGCAAAGACACCCACUGUUUGGAUUGGAGCCACGACCACAGGAAUGCUAUACGAGGAUCCUCUUGCCUUCGAAUUCCUCGAUGGAACCAGGAACGAUUAUCAUAAUGUAUGGCCCUUUGAGGCAUACCGGCCUGGUGGCUGUGCGUCUGAUUGUGGGAUGCUCUUGGUGCCAGAUCGGUGGGUGAACCGACCCUGUUCGAUCAGCAGGCCGGUGAUAUGCGAGUCGACCCUGGAGAACGGCGAGGACUGGUUCUGCUACGACGACCCGUUUCAGUGCUUCCACGUCUCCACUGAAGCAUUCGAUUUCGACACGGCCAGGUCUUACUGUCUUCAAUAUCCCGGUGUCGACAUCCUUUCCAUCGGGGACGACGAAUGGAAGCAAGUGCUCGCGGGACAAUCCUUCGAACACAACGAUUUUCUGCCUCAUCCCCUGCCGAGAUCGAGGGAGUUCUGGAUCGGAUUGAGGAAAGGAGUCGCUGGGGACUGGAUGUGGGUGGACGGGUCUCCCUUCGACCUGGACCGGUGGGAAUACGGAAGCCCCGCCGAGGAGGGCGGGGAAUGCGCCGUGGUGACGACGUCCUCUUGGGAGGACCUCGAUAAAGCGGAGUUUGCGUCCUACGUCUGCAAGAAGUCGCCAUGA